AGUAGCGGUGGUCCUGUUUCAUGUGGAACAACUACAGUACCAGUUAAUUUAAUUUUUGGUGGUAAAAAAAUGAAACCAGGUAGCUGGCCAUGGUUAACAGCAAUAUUUGUAAAUGAUAAAGGACGAUUUACUUAUAUAUGUGCUGGUAAUUUGAUAUCACCGCAAGGAAUAAUAACAGCUGCACAUUGUGUUACAAUACCUGGAGGAAUUCGUAAUCCACAGGAUAUUAGAAUUGGAUUAGGUAUAUAUAAUAUUGAUAAUUGGAAUGAUCCAAAUGCUCAAAUAGCCGGUGUUAGUAAUGUUAUACCACAUCCUGAAUAUUCACGUCAGAAAAUAUAUGAUGCUGAUAUUGCGGUUAUAAUCUUAGAUAGACCAUAUAGCUAUACUAAUUUUGUGCGACCAGUUUGUAUGUGGAGAGAUGAAUUUGGUACAGCGACAGAUCGUGAAGGACAAGUAGCUGGUUGGGGUCUUGCUAAACCUAAUGGUGGUUCAGAAAAAGAACCAAGUAUUGUAGAAGCACGUAUUGUUAGUGAUCAAAAAUGUUUGCGAUCAAAUGAUGCAUUUGGUACGAUAACAUCAGAACGGAAUUUGUGUGCAGGUUAUCGUGAUGACACAGGACCAUGUCAAGGUGAUUCAGGCAGUGGACUUAUAAUUGAUAUUGGUGGUAAAUGGUUUUUAAGAGCAACAGUUUCAGGUGCAAUAUCACACGUUCAAAAAGUAUGUGAUCUUAAACAAUAUGUCAUUUAUACUGAUGUUGCACAAUUUUCUAAUUGGAUAAGUCAGUAUAUAAGAUUUUAA